CGACAGAGGCUCAAAAACCUUCGAGGAAGCAGAAGACGGGGUCUCUGCCGCCUCAGAGACACGCGUCGCAGCAACAUCGCAGCAGCUCCGUUCUGCUGCCCGUCGCUCAUGGUCCUGCGCAACAGCAGAGAUGGCCUUCCUCUGUUUAGCCAGCUCCGACGCGUGUGCUCCAUUCGACUUACGUCGCCUUACCAGCAUCCGGCCGCCUCAUCACGACCGCACAUCCUGCACCGCACCCAGCCCUGGGACCCGACCAGAUCCCGGCAGCUGCGCGUCCUCCGCACCGCUACAAAAGGCGCUGUGCCGUCGAGAUCCUCUGCGCUCAAUUGGUCCUCCACCGCCCACCGCAUACGACACAGUUCCCCUUCCGCCAUGAGCACCACGCGCACGCAGACCCGGGAACACGCCGGACACUCCCACGGGCACCACCAUCACCACGACAAUACGUACCUCGUGUCGAAGAACAAGAAGGAUGCGGGCGUGCGCAUCACCAGAAUUGGCCUGUACGUCAAUCUGGGCAUGGCGGUCGGCAAGGGAUUCGGCGGUUAUGUCUUCAACAGCCAGGCGCUCAUCGCCGACGCCAUCCACAGUCUCACGGAUCUCGUUUCGGACGUGAUGACCCUCGCGACCGUCUCGUGGUCGCUAAAGCCACCGUCGGAACGGUUUCCGAGCGGAUACGGAAAGGUCGAGAGUCUGGGCUCCCUUGGAGUCAGCGGUAUAUUGCUUGGAGGCGGGUUCAUGAUGGGCUGGGCGGCAUUGAUUGCGCUCGCCCAGCAGUUCUUCCCAGAGGCCUCCGAGGUCGCGGCGCAAUGGGGAUUGCUGCCGCAUAGUCACGGACAUCACCACGGCGUCGAGGACCUCGGGCCCAACAUCAACGCAGCAUGGCUGGCGGCAGGAUCUAUAGUCAUCAAGGAAUGGCUGUAUCGAGCGACGCUCAAGGUCGCCAACGAACGCAAGUCGUCCGUCCUCGCGUCGAAUGCAUACCACCACCGGGUGGAUUCCCUCACCGCCUUCGUCGCUCUUCUUAUGAUCGCGGGCUCGAAUGUGCUAGAGAAUGCCGCUUGGCUGGACCCUGUUGGCGGAUUGAUAAUUUCGUUGAUGGUGGUCCAGGCCGGCUGGGGCAACACCAAAUCGGCACUGUUCGAGCUGGCAGACGUGGGUGUUGAAGACGAAAUGAGAGACAACGUCCGACGAGCGGCUACCAAAGCCUUGAAGGACAUCAACACAGGAGCAGCAGACGAUGUCAACGUGCGGACCGUUCAGGGUGUCAAGUCCGGCCAGAACUACUUGAUGGAUGUCGAGCUCGGCGCGCCUGCCACAUGGUCGAUCGACCAAACCCGAGGCGUCGAAAAUCUAGUACGCGAGCGCGUAGGUGCCAAGGUACGCGGGGUGAAGAGAGUCCGGGUGCGCUUCGUCUCCAACACCUCGGAUCAGCCCGACUUCAUGGACGAAUUCAUCCGCGCAGACGAUAGCGGUAAGCUGAGUCCUGAACCCGAACAGGAGGAGAACAACCACGACCAUGAUCAUAAGGGCGAAAACGGAAACGCAAAGAGGAGGAAGUAAGCGUGUACUAUACUUGUCAAUACGGGAUCAAGGUCUUGCUUGGGCGUUCUUGGGUUGGGCACAGAGGAUUCCCCUUGUGCAUUUGAUCACCCGUCUCGGGACACCGACCGCGAAAUACAAUCAUUCACGAGCUCUCAACCUCAUCGGGCACUUGCUCUCUUCAUUUCCAUGUGAUGCCGCAGGGGCAAGUUCGGGUACCACUAAUUGCCUCUACAGAUAUGACCCUCCUGACCAAAAGAUGCUAUAUGCCGCUCGAUCUGGCAGUCCAUGAAUUUAACCGCUCGUCCAAUAAUACUUCAGCGCCUCUGCAGGCACGACCGGCGAAAAGGUGAUGCACCUCACG